GCUUCACCCCACAUGACUCACCCCAACGUUAAUCACUCAUUAGUAUAUUCGAUCCGCAUGUGCCAACCGGCAACCACUUGAAUUGUCUCAAUUAAAGUUUUGUAUUUUACGCAAUCAUGUACCGGUUCGUACCGCAGGUUCAUCAAGAAAAAUUCAUAAGCACAAUGGAAGACGCUGACGAGAUGGGGACAAAAGUAGAAUUAUUCGUCUACGACCUGACCAAGGGAAUGGCAGCGAUGAUGUCGCAGAUUUUAAUAGGUCGUCACCUGGACGGUAUUUGGCAUACAGCGAUAGUCGCCUACGGUCGUGAGUACUUCUUCGGCCCCUCGGGAAUUCAGAGUGUCAGACCCGGUGGAACUGUCCUCGGGGAACCAGAACGAGUUGAGAAGCUCGGUGAUACAUUUCUGCCAUACUCAGUGUUUUUGGAGUAUAUCAACGGUCUUGGUACAUCUAAAUUUGCAACUGGCUCGUACAAUCUUCUACGGUUAAAUUGUAACAGUUUCUCGGACGAGGUGAGCAGUUUUCUCGUGGGCAGUGGUAUUCCAAAAUACAUUUUGGAUUUGCCAGAGGAAAUUCUCAAGACACCGGUGGGGCAGGCAUUAGCACCACUCAUUGAAUCUUUGGCGAGUCAAUCCAGCGCUGGUUUUACGGUUGGACAGAGAUUCGUUGAACCUAGGAUACAGCGGGAAGCAUCACCUGAGUACCAGUUGCUCAAUAGUGAAAUUGAAGAGGCGAGAUUAAAUUCAAUUGCGUUGGAGGAGAGGCGCAACGUAUUGAACGAGAAAUUAGCUAAGAAGGAGCGUAAGAAGAAAAAGAAGAAGAAGGAGAAAAAAGAUAAGGUGUUGAGGGAGCUCAGUGGUAGUGAAAGUAAUAGUACUGGUACUAGUAAUUGUGCAACUAUGGCAGACAGUGAGGUAGCCGAAAUGCAACCAACAAAUGGUGACAUGGGAGCUGAAAUGCUGCCCUCAGAGCGAGCCCUUGAGAUGGAAGCAGCGGAGAGGCGGGAAAUUGAAGAGAGAAAACGACAGAGAGAUCCCCCAAUUGUAUUCAAAGAUCUGUUGGACGUUGUUGCUGAGUUCGAGGCACUUGUUGGUCUGCUAGAAGGGAAAUUGAAUGAAACUGAACAGACUAAUCUCGAAGAGCUGCGUCAGUACGUCCUGGAGAAUGAAGGGUCCUGGGCGCUGGGAGAUAAUUUCCUCAACUUUGUUGGACGAAUCCUUUAUGAUAAGUCACUGGAAAGCGCUGCAAGGGUGAGGCUACUUAACAUCCUCAGUGCAGCAGCUCUGAAAGACGAUGUAAUUCUCCUGUUGCAUCAGGACAGGAGGGAACACAUAAUCAUGAACUUCGCAUAUGAUAUCGACCGUCAUCCAGUUGAAGAGCAACUUCCUCUUGCACAAUUCAUGGCAAAUAUGUUCGAGAACCUCAGCAGUUCAGAAUGGCUCCUCUACAUUUCGGAAUGGCAGCACAACAACCAAGGAAUCAGUAACAUCAGAGUAACGACAAAAGUGUCAGUGCACUCCCUCCUCUCAGACUGCCCCGACCUCCAGGCGCGUGGCACCGCGAUAAUCCACAACCUCGCCUGCAAGGAGAAAAUGAACAAAAACAAAGCCCUCCGGCAACUAUUACCCAAAGGCAGCGCUUCUAAGGUGUUUGACGACGUAGCAGUGGAACUGACAAUGGCCCUCCUCCAGUACUUCAACGGCAAUCCCCCAGAGGAGCAGCUCUUUGCCUGCAUGAAAGCGUUGGCCCGUUUCACCCAAAUUAGCGGACAAGAGGUGCCCCAGCUCAUCCAAAUGAUCGGACCUGAGCCCAACAAAUUUCGAGGUAUAUCGCAACGAAUCGAUGACAUGAUCGAUCAAGUCAACAAGAAACUUCGUUGAUUUGCUCUCGUGAAUGGUUUUUUUAUAGGAUUUUUAUUGAUUAUUUAUUUAAUACCGAGUUAAUGGGCUCAUAAUAAUUCUUCCUGUUUUGACAUUUUUUAAUUAUAAUUUUUACGAGAGAGAAAUUUGAAAUUUUGGGUGAACGACAGUGUUUGGGAAUAAUCUGGGGUGAUAUUAUCUGUGCCACGUACAUGUUAGAGUACUUUGUUGUAAUCGAUCGUUAUGAAUAAUGUACAGAGGAUAUAACAAUUUUAUGGUAAUAUAUUAUUUGGUAGAAAUAAAUAUAUGAGAAUAGA